GUAAAGUAUAUAAAUGAUGACGACGCAGACGAUGACGACGAUAAUAAUGAUGACAAUGAUUAUCAUAAUGAUGUUGUUGAUAAUAAUUAAUGAUGUGAUAGAGCAUACUGAAAUUAAUUAUGGCAAUGAUGAUUUCGAUGUUAAUGGUGACUAAUAAUGAUAUUAUGAUUUAGGCCUACACUAGGUAUAGAUGGCUAUUCAAUAUUGUUGUAGCAACCAUUAAUUUUUUGCUUGACGUUUUAGCGUUAAUCUCAUCAUCAUCAGAAAAUAGAAACAUAGGCUAAUGAUGGUUAUGAAGAUGGUGGCGGUGGUGACGAUGACAGCAAACAAUGAUCUUUAUCAUCAUCAUCUGCGUUGUCGUCGCCAACCGAUCAAUUGAAAAAACUUUUUAUAGCGCAAACUUCCAUCGCAAAGCCGUAGGUCUACCACAGCUACAACGUAAUUGUUACCACUGAUCCUACUCCCAUUAAUUAGUAAAACAUGAAUCUCUACACGAUGCACAUGUAUAAUUAAAAGAAUAAUUAAAGUGAAUGUAAAUUUAUAACAAUUCAAUUUUUGUUGUGAUUUUUAUUUUGUUUAAUUUUUUGGAAACCUUAAUUCAUUUGUUUUUCUUGAUUAAUAUUAAUUUAAUUCAUGAGGUAUGAUCUGUGAUUGUCGUUGCAGCGUGGUCAAACACCAGCUGAAUUGUAUAUGGAGAACGUAUGUACGGUGUACAAUUCUACAAACAAAGGAAAACUGAAAGAAAAGCUCAUGCGUCUUUUACAAACGGGGAUUGUUCCAACGGAAAUCUUGGCGCGUGGGCCCGAAGCAUUGGAAGCUUUUAAUGAUGCUCUAGCUGAGGGAGAAACAGAGGUUAAUCAAGGAAAGACAGUUUUCCUGGGCCUUGAGAGGGUCGGCAAGACAUCUACUAUCAAGUCAUUUUUAAGGAAUAUUUUUGAUCCAAACGAGGGUAUUACUGAUGCAAUUGCGAACACAACGGUGUGUACCCAUGAAUGGCAUGAUGAAUUAAAUUGGGAAGAGACAUCACCUGAACAUUCUGGCGCCAGUGACAUGUAUGAAGUGAAAAUGGCAGAUGCAAUAGCGAAAACAAUAUUAGAAAACCAAACGAAGAAAAAUGUAGUUCAAGUAACAGAACAAAGCGUGUUAUCACCAACUACAGCAGAAACGAAAUACAAUCAGGGGCAAUCAUCAUCGAAUGUUGACGCCAGAAACGCGAAAAUAGAAUCGGAUAUCGAAAAACAGACAAAGACACAGAUGAGGCCAGAAAACAUCAGUCACAGACAGAUGAAAGAGGUCCCAGAAAGUAUCGCCAAUGAAAUUCAGAAUGUACUCAAGUUUACAAGAGAUGCGACAGGAGAUUGGCGAAAGUCUGGCAACAAAUUUAUUAUGAACAUCUGGGACUUCGGAGGCCAGCCGAUAUAUCAUGUGAUACAAAGAAUUUUCAUGGUAUCUUUUGCCAUUGUUUGUGUGGUAUUUAACCUAGAAGAUGAUCUUGACGCUCCUGCUAAAGUUAGGGAUCCUACCACAGGUAAAAUGUAUCAACAUCGAAUGACAAAUCUUCAGUUCAUUCUUUACUGGAUUCGUUCAGUAUACACAAACAGUAGAGAUUCAAAAUUGGAUGAUGGGCAACCUUCACCGCCAGUACUAGUUAUUGGUACGCACUUAGGCAGCCUCGAUGGGAAUGAAGAGGAACAGAAAAGAAAGGCCGAAGAAAUAUUCAGUAAAAUUCGGGCAGCUAUGGAAGGAAAACCUUAUGAAGCAUUGGUGUUCCCAACUUUUUUUGCUAUUGAGAACAGCUUGCCAUUCAACAGGAGCAACGCUUCUAAAAUCAUGGAGCAAAUAUUAAAAUUCGCAAAGAAGAUGGUUAGAAAACUACCUUUGAAAUGGUUACUUGUUCAGCAGGAAAUCCAGAAGCUGAAAGUAAAGCAUAUCUAUCUACCAACCAAGAAGGUGAUCUCUUUAGUUGAGCGGUGUGGAGUCAAGAAAGAUGCUCAAAGGGUGCUGCUUGAGUAUCUACAUGACCUUGGCGAGAUACUCUACUUUCCUGAUGACGAAGCCUUAAGGGAUAUUAUUGUUUUAGAUCUGAUGCAAUUAGUUGACAUGUUCAAAACAAUAAUCACCGUUAUUGACCCUAAGCUUAUGAAACGAAAGUACAAAGAGGCCUGGAGUAAAUUGGACUCAGGGGUUCUCGAGGAGCAUCUGUUAAGACAUCUCUGGGAGAAGUUCAGAUUUUCAGAUGAGACGUUUGACUUCUUUGUAUCACUCAUGCAGAAGUUUGGACUGGUGUGUGAGAAAAACAUUACAAAGAGUGGUUUUCGAGGCCGUUUACAAGAGAUUCUACGUGAACGUAGACGUAUUUUCUAUGUUCUUUUACGAUUGAAGCCUGAGCAUGUCUAUAGGCCCUCUAAGGAUGAUGGGAAGCAUGCAAUUUCAAUUUUUCAUGACUUCGGUCGGUAUCUACCUGAUGAUCUUUUCCAGCGAGGAGUAACUAAGUUCAUUGAGAAAUUCCAAGUACAAGACAAUGAGCCUAAACUCUCUUAUGAGCAUGUGGAGUUGACUAUCGAUGAACUUCACAAAGUGGUUAUGAGUGUAGAAACAAUCAGGAAUCGUCGUAUGUUUAAGACAACGAUCGCAAUCUUGGAACCCAGUCAGCAAGAUGAGCCCUCACCAACAGUGUGUAAGAAGGUACUGAGAUUCCUCGAAAAGGAACUAAAGCUGUUUUGUCUUAGUGGUGUACGAGGCAUUGAAUUAACGAGGUACAUUGCUUGCAAAUGCAGUUCAGACUCAAGUAGAGCUCACAUGCAAAUCGUGCGUACAUUUGAUGAGGAUGUGCUGCCAUGUGGAAGCAAUAUAUUGACGCGCUACCGGAAACUAUUUGGAGAUGACGUGCCACUAUUGCAAGAUCGUCCACAGUCUCAACAAGUGGUACAUAUACCAACAGAUCGUCCACAAUCUCAACAAGUGGUACAUAUACCAACAGGCUUUGUGGAUGACGCCACCAUUAUGACAGUUUCUGACGAUUUAAAUCUCAGCUGGAGAAGGUUUGGUGUCCGUUUGGGACUUAAGUGGUCGAAAGUGAACAAGUUCAAUGCCGAUGAUACGCAGACUCAUAAGGCUGCCGAAAAUAUGAUGAAUUACUGGAGGAGCAGCCUCAGUAGCGAUAUUCAUCAACGUAAAGUGUUGUGCACUGCUCUGAAACAACAUAAGCUACGUCAACUAGCUGAAGAUUUCCUUAAGGGUGAAAUUAGCGAUGAAAAUGUUGUCCCUCAACAAGCAGUAGGAAAAUGUUUUAAUGAUCAAGAUUUGCUGUUCAUCUGUGACAAUCUGGAUCCCGAAUCAUGGAGGAGACUGGGAGUGCAUCUUGGACUCAAGUGGACCGAUAUAAAAAAGAUAGCAAAAAACAACAGACUGAUCGAAGAAUGCAUCAUGGAAUUGCUGGUUACUUGGAGGGAUGACCAAUUAAAGAGCCAACAAGUACCAAUCUUGUUGAAAGCUUUAAGGCAGCAAAAGCUUGUUGGACUUGCACAAAGUGUAUGUGGAAGGCAUGGUUACAAUGACGAGGCAGAAGCUGCACCAACUCAGAUAAAUAUGCCUCAAAUUCCAACAACAGUGCAAGGUUGCUUAGAUGAUACUGACAUGGUGUUCAUCUCUGACAAACUUGAUGGCAAUGAUUUGAUAAAAUUCGGCAUCUACCUUGGUAUGGAAAAAAAUGAAAUAAGUCGAAUUGCAGCUGACGUUUCUCCACCGAUUGUAGAUGCGUGUAUUGAAAUGUUGGUACAGUGGCGAAGCAGACAGGAAACUGAAGUAAAUCAUCUGAAAACAAUUAGCGAUGCACUGAACAAACUUGAACGAAUAGAUAUCAAGGAAGAACUUGUGUCACACUACUAUAAAAAAUAUGGAAAAAUUUAA